UAUUCAUUAAUCAUUUUUAAUCAGUUUUGUGAGCUUUUUAAAUUUUAGUUUUCUGCAGAAUCUGGAAUAUCAGCAACUCCGGAAGGUUUACCGCGUAGUUUCUCGAUUCCGAUUUUUGCAGCGAACUUUCAGGAUGACGAUGAGCCCGCGCUUCAUCGGCCCGACAUGGAGAGCGGUGGCCAAUUGCGGGAUGUUUCCCAAAAACAGCAUCUUAACGACUGCGCCGCGGAAUUUCACCGUGUCGGCUUGCAAUCUCCUAUACACCAAAGAGGCCAUGGGACUCAGCAACUAUGAAUAUGCCCGGGAGAAAACGGCGACCCAACUGGGCACGAUGAAAGAUCGUUUCAAGCAGCGGAUGGAUCAGUAUCUGAGCGCCGACUCGAAAUCUCUCAUCUUCACGGAAGAUCUUAAAAAUAUGUGCUAUCUGGCCGAGGACGAUAAGGAUUUGCAGAUGGUCAAUAAAAUGCUGAAAAAGUAUGCCAAGCAGAAUGAGCAGAUGCGCUUCGGUUCCUUCGUUUUCGGACCGGUCCUCAUGCGUCUGCAUCAUUUCCUCGAUAAGCCGGAUGAAGCGUUAGCCUCCAUUCAAGAUCCCGAUCUGGGGCAGGUGUAUGACCAGCUGACUUCCUACAUGGUGGCGAUGGAUCUCCUGUACAACCACCAGCGCUACGACGACGUCCUGAAACUGUACAAAGCCAUGACGCAGCGCCCGUUCUUUGCUGAGAAAAUGCCCAAAGAGAAUCUGGUCCUAGCCUGUGCGGCGUGUUAUAAACUGGGCACACCCGAAGCGUAUAAAACGGCCAUGGAGUUGGUGAAAAGCUGCAUUGACAAGCAGGCACCGGUUAUGCGCAAAGCGGUGUCCUUUGCGGCUGCUUUAGCUCUGAAGAACAAUGAUGCGACUGGUGCAUUGGAGCUGCUGAGUAUUCCUCCCAAUCAAUCCUACGUGACCAUCCGCAAUUUGCGAAUCCUCUGCCUCGUCAAAUUGGAUCGUUUGGAGGAUGUUCUCCCUAUCCUGCGCUCGAUGAUCGAACAGGAUGUGGGGCCUAAACGGAUUGGGCAUGGCUUUUUCCAAGAUGUGAUCGCGGAAGUGAAGAAAGCCCUGGAAACCAAAGAGGACAAGGAGUUGCGCCAGGAAUUCGAGAAGACCUUCAAAGCCCUGGAGCACGGCGACCAGAUUGACGCCAAGACCCUCCACGAGUUUCUGGAGCGGCCCAUCGAAGACUACAGUAAGCGGCCGGAUUUCCAGGGGCAGGACUUCAACGACCGCCGGCUGACCAAUACCUCGCGCUUCCAACCGGAAGGCGCCCCGGCCCCCUUCCGCCAGCGCGGCUACCGCGAUGACUACCGCUCCCCGAGCGGUUUCCAACAACAGGGCGGAUCACGGUAUGAGUCCGGCGGUGGACGGUUUGAUUCCGGCGGUGGACGGAUGGGCGGGCUGGACGGCACUCGCUCGGGGGGCUACGAGUCCGGUAGCAGCGGCCGGUACGGGUCGUACCAGGGCAACCGGGACCGGGUGGGACUGUCCGAACAGGGUACGCGGUAUGGAGUAUCGCAGCGGGCGCGCGGGGGCUCCGACAGCGCCAUGGAUGAGGGACGGGGGAUGCGUGGGGGCCGCGCGGCAGACGAUGGGUAUAAUCCCAAUCGGGAGGCCGGGUACCGACCGCGUGGACAGUUCCGACAGCCCAGUGGCGGGGCGGGUGGAGCGCAGCGCCAGGGACUGGCGGAUUUUGACGAUUGAGGAGCGGUCAGUGUGGAAGGCUUGUUAGGUUGUUGUUGCACGUGCUGGCGUUGUGGGUAUGUGGUUGCGUUGGCUUGUAAUAUUGGCAAGUGUGUUUUUGUACUACGGCAGUUACGGUUGUUUUUAUUUACCACGGACUGUGGCGCUGUGGUCUCCUUUUUUGAUACUUUGUCACUUGUAUUUAAUGUGGCUGGAAGUGCGGUAAUAUCCCGUGUUUGAAUAAAUAAAAUGAAAGCAGAAAA